AAUGUUGACAUAAAACCAAUUUUGGAACGUCUCCGAAUGUCUCUUUUCCUUCCUUUGGUAUUUGGUAAACACGUGCGCUAUAUAGAAAGAUUCACGAAAUUUAAUUUAAUUUAAAAACUCGGCCUAAGAAAAAUGGAAAAGAAAUUUCACUGUUUGAUUGCGGACACAACAGCGUUCAUUGAAAAUGUGUCGCUUCAGGAGUAUGCCGACUAUGUGAUAACCGUUCCAGAGGUUGUCAGCGAGAUAAAGAACAAAAGACAAUUGAAACGGCUUUGCGUUCUUCCGUACGAUUUGGUGAUUGACGAACCAUCACCUGAAAGCGUUCGUCAUGUUAUUGAAUUUGCCAAGAAAACUGGCGAUUAUUUGAGUCUGUCGUCUGCGGAUAUCAAAGUUAUAGCGCUAACAUACCAAUUGGAAAAGGAACUCGUCGGUGGGACACACUUGAGAACGGAACCGGUUGUCGCCAAGUUAAUAGCAUCCCGAGACAAACCGGCAGAAUUGAUUGAUAGCAAACCGCUGGCCGGUUUCUAUAUGCCACCCGAUAAACAGCAAUUGGAUUUGAAGGAGAAACUGAACGAAGAACUCAUAGAAUUGAAAGAAGCGGGAAAGGAUAAAGAACAAAUUGUUGAUGACAACACGGAACUACAAAAUGUCGAUGACAACACAGGCCCACAAAAUGUUGAUGAUAAUUCCGGCGACAUUGACCUGGAAUUGAAACAACAAAUUGAGAAUCUUCACAUCGACAUGAAAUCGGAAAAAUCUGAUGAUGUGAACAAUGUACUGGUGCAGGUUGAAAGUGCAAAAGAAACUGAGGAAGAGAGUGAAGAUUCCGAGUCGGAAGAAUCCUCUGAAGACGAUGACCCCGACAGCUGGAUAACUCCUAAUAAUCUCUUGGCAGUGAAAAGUUCAUAUGGCAAAGAAUCGGCUACCUCUGAAUCAGUUCGAGUAGCAUGCAUGUCCACCGAUUAUGCCAUCCAAAAUGUCUUGAAACAAAUCAACCUUAACAUUGCUGCAUUGGACGGAAAGAUCAUUAAACAGAUGCUUACCUACAUCUUACGGUGCUAUGCAUGUUACAAGACGACAAGUAUCAUGACAAAGAUAUUCUGUCCGAAAUGCGGUAACAAAACGUUAAAGCGAGUUGCAGUCAGUCUGGAUGAGAACGGUCAACAAGUGAUUCACAUCAAUACUCGCCGGCCAUUAACAGGUAAAGGGAAAAAUACGAGCAUACCGCGUCCACAAGGUGGAAAACAUUCGUCAAAUCCAAUUUUAUUCGAAGAUCAACCGAUUCCAAAGCAAAUGCCGUCGAGGGUAGCUCGUACGAAAACAAAUGCAUUGGAUGAAGACUACGAUGCCGGUUUUUCACCAUUCGUGCGACGAGACGUUGAUUCAAAGUCAGCAUUGCUGAGAGCUAAAGCUGGCGGAAGUAGUAUGCGACAGUGGAUGAGAAAUUAUGAUUUCCAAAACACAAAGCGAAAGCAGAAGAAGUAGUUGCGUGUUCAGAUUGGCAGAUUUUCCAAAUAAAACCUUUUUUUGAACAUUUUUC